UCCCUCAUUCAGAGUCCAACUUCCAGCUUUGAAAAAAAUUCGAAAUAUACAAAAUAAUUUUAGCCGUUAUUAAGGUUUUGCGCAGCUUCUAUCGCCGUUUUUAUUUGUUUAGAGAUUAUACAAUGCCAUGACGUUGCCAAAGAGGAGUUUAAAGUGGAAUAUGGGGGCUCUCGAAGCAGACGAUAACAACAAUUGCUAGUCGGAAAGCUAAGCUAAGCUAAGCUACGCUACCAAAUAUUUCACUACGGACGAGCCGAUUGAGCUUUUGGACGAAAGCCCGUCAGCAUGUGGAUGGUGGGCGAACAUGGAAGGAUCCUGUAGAAUGAGUGUGAGAGAGCUGUGCGAGACGGAUGAUUUGGCCACAAGCCUGGUGCUGGACCCCUUGCUGGGGUUCAGCACCCAUAAGAUGAACAUAAGCCCUCUUCCAGAGAUCCGACGGUGGGGCUACCUGAGAGAGACUCUGCUGCGCUUCAAGCGUACCAAGGACUUCCAGGCCACCUUCGAUGCUCUGCUAGAUGGAGAGUGGACCGGUGGCUACUUCACCAGCCUGGGUACCCACCGGCAGGAGCUCCUGAGACAGCACAUGUAUCGGUAUCUCACUGCUUUCCUGUUGGACAGUGGAGUGCAGAUUGAGUCAUGUGACCGGUAUUCCUCAGAGACCAAUGGAGCCAAAAUCACAGCAACAAGACAUUGGUCUGUUGGAGAGCGAGUGGAGGUGCUGCAGGGCUGCAUAGCUGAGCUGAGUCCGACAGACAGUGCUGUGCUGAGGACAGGAGUGAAUGAUUUCAGUGUUAUGUACUCAACGCGUAAGCAAUGUGCACAACUCUGGCUUGGGCCUGCUGCCUUCAUUAACCAUGACUGCAGACCAAACUGUAAGUUUGUACCUGGGGACAAAAACGGAGCAUGUGUGAAAGUGGUCCGGCCCAUCUCACCUGGGGAGGAGAUCACGUGUUACUAUGGCGACAGCUUUUUUGGGGAGGACAAUGAGAUGUGUGAAUGUUGCACCUGUGAGAGGAGGGGAGAAGGAUUCUUCAAGCAUAGACUGGAGAGACUUCCAGAAUGGGUAGGCCCGAGUGAUCCUUUAGGCCAGAAAUAUAAAUUCAGAGAGACCGAUCUGCGGCUUAACCGAGAGAAGGGGAACAUUACGCCAUUUCUCGCUGUAACCAGUCCAGCUUUCUCUGUGAGGAAUUCCUUUUCCCAGCAGAUGAAGAGAAACGCCCCUACAGUGAGUAGUAAGAUGACAAAGACUAAGAAGUGGAAAAGGGAGGAGCGAGCCAGGCAGGCUGAGAAGCGGCAAGAGUAUCUCCUCAUAUCCUCCAUGUCUCAUUUCAGUCUUAAGGACUUAAGCAUUUGCCUGUACAAUCACAGUGUGGACUUCCUCUUAAGCUGUAAGGACCCUGCCAGCAAGGAAAGAGCUCUUCUGCAAAGGAUUGAGAGUGAGAAACCAAAACUGGAGUGGAGAGACAACAACCGACGGGACCCUCCAGCUUUCACUGAUGUUGAACUAAAGGGAGGUGAGGAAGGACAUGACAAUUCUAAUGACUUAUUAGGUAACAAGACUGCUGCUGAUUUGAACUUGAAGCCCUUCAGUUUAAAAUCAGUUUCGAGUGCCUGUGAUAAAGGCUAUCCAAAAGCUAAGGGACGGAGCGUUGGUGCUUCAGCAGUUCGAGUUGUUCAUCAGAUGGCUAUUUCUUCGAGGACCAGGAACAUGCUUCGCGGCCGUCUGAGAGGUGUCCGAGCCUUUGACCGAUCUAAACUCUCUACCUUAAAUAAAAACAGAGUCAGACUUAUCAGACAGACCUCAAAGCUCCAUACGAGCAGCAGAGGUCAUCCACGUCAAAAGGGACGUAGCCAUGGGGUCAGAAAAGGCCUAAAAUGCAUUUCAAUUAGAGGUGAUAAGCCACUUUUCAACAGAGGAUACACUAGUAAAAGUAAAAAUAAUAAAGGCAAGUCGUUACAAUCCAGGGUCUCGCAGAUGAUUGCAAAGGAGGAAAAGCAUGGCUUGGGGGAUUGUCACAAGGAGAUGGCUGACAGCAAGAAACACAUCACCAGCUCUAGCGCUGCUAAGGAAGGGGAUUUCAGUUCCCCGAUUGCUUCAGAGACCUCAGGGGAGAAAGAAGAAAAACAUAAACCUUCUGUUGCUUCUGGCACCCACGAUGUUACCUCUUCCUUGCCCGCUUCCUCCAGUCACUCUCCUGUGUCUCUCACUUCAGGGGUGAUGCGUUAUGUAAAAGUCAGUCUGGUCAGAGUGGCUGUCCCAGGAGAGCCAGCAGCUGGUAAGGCAGAUCAGGGACAAGCAAACAGUGAAGAUAGCACAGAUGCUACAACAGCAGCUAUAGGGCCGCAUAAAUCAAAGUCCAAAGGUAGUAAAGGUGUGGCUAAAGCUGAAGGUAAGAAAGGGGUAAGGGAAAUGUAUUUCACACCAGUAGUCAUGGGAAGUGCAGACAGGUUGAAAGUGACAUGUGAUUUAUCAGGUAGUAGUAAUGCUGUUACACCGCAACUUGAUGAAAAAGAAGUGCAGGAUAUACAAGUGUGUAACAAAGGCAAUAAUGACGGACAGGAAAUUGAGGGAAAGAAAGAAAAUAAGGAUAAUAAGGAUAAAAAGGCUACUGUAAGUUCUUCUAAUGCUGGCAUUGAGAAUGCUUUGAAAGAGGCUGAUGAAUUAGUGACUGGUGUUAAGAAAAGAGGGCGUGCCACGAAAGGUCUUACAAAGAGUGUGAAAGGCACAGCUGAAGAAGAAGAUAAGGGAGAGAGUGGAGUUGAAAGGCAGGGAGGGGAAACGGGCCAAAGAGAAGAGAUUUUACAAAAGAAGACAGACGUUUUGCUACAUUUUGGGAGCAAAACCGUUGCAAUAAAGGAGGCAAGAGUCUUCUUGUCCGAUAUUUUCAAGAACUUUAGCGGCGAGAUGAUCAGCCACAAACAGGAUGGCAAAGGGUACAGCAGUGUACUCUCCCGGCGAACUCCGAACAAAAAAGAGAGCGAAUACGUUAAACGAUUGAGGACCCUUGCUGCUGAUAAUGAGCGGAAGAACUUGAAUAUGGGCAGCGAUCCAGUGAAAAAGAACAGUGAGACAGUCACUCAGAAAGUUUCCCAUAACAUACAGACCACACAUGACCAAGGAGGAGCACAAAUGACCAAAAAGAGAGGGUCAGAACUUACUCCAAUUUCCCCAGAGCCGCUCUCUCCUGUUAAGGGUAGUCUGGACCACAAUUCCCAGAGCAGCAUCCCUCUGAAGAAACGGGCAUUUCGAGAGUCUCUUGAAAAUGAUCCUGACCAGGAUACAAAUGUAACUACAGUGGAGCCUCUAUGUGCCAGUAAACACAUGGAGACCACAAUGGACAGUCUGUUACCCAUGCCUGAAGGGAGCAACAUCGUUGAUAAUAAAGGUCAGAUAUUACCUUUAGACUCUGAGAUUGUAGGAUCAAAAAUGCACACUUCAGCCAGGCCGUCUAAAACUUUAGCGCUAAAGAAGCUAUACUCCAGAAAAAGCCGAACUGCUCAGGCUAGACUAACACAAGACCAUACCAGAAUUCUCAGAGACAGAGGUAGAACAGGUAACCUGCUGGUGGAGAAGAGACUGGGACUUAGGAAAAAGACAUCCAAAGUUACAUCUAAACUGGGAAGCAUAUUAGAGUGCGAUGUAGUGCAAGAGAUGCCUGAGGGAAUAAAAGAGGGACAAGAUGGCAGCCAAAAAGUGGCGCAGCAAAUACCACAGGUUGAGCACAGGACAGUGGAAAAUGCAGACGCUAAUGAUGAAUCUGCAGCAGAAUCUGUUAACACAGAAGAUGAGCAGAGCUGUAACUUAAAAAUACGUUUGAAGCGAAAGAGGGGAAUGGAAUGGGAAAUGGAGAGUCGACCCAAGGGGGAUGGUGCAGUUGAAACAAGAGGCCCAGAACAAUGCACAGAUGAGAUUGACCCCUUUAAGGCCAUUUUGGAUUCUGUCGCGAUUUUAAAUUUGGAAAUGGAGAGAAUUAGGGGUCAUGGAGAAGCAGACAAGAGUGUAGGAUUAGAGCAAGCCACUAAAGCUGUGCAAGACGUCUUGGAACACUGCCGAAAAGAGAGCACGGUCAAGCCACGGAAAAGACGUAAAAAACAACUACUGUUGUCUAACAUCAACAGUGAAAAGCAAACUAGUGGGCAACAAAAUUCUGUUCAGGGUAGAAGUGAGGUUUGUGGAGGGCUUGAGCGCCAGAAUCUGCCUUUGAAAAAUCUCAAAAAGGAGUCCGAUGUUACUGACAUCAAACCAUUGCCUCUGAUUAAGCUGCGCCGCAGGGGCGAGGGCAGAUGGGAAGUGGAGGGCGGUGAAGCUCAGAAACAAGAUGGAAACAAGGGACCAGCAACUUCUGUGCUUAGGGAGCCAAGAUUGCUGCCAUGCAUCCCUCCUGAGAGAGCUAAACUGGGAGAGAUGCCCAUCAAUAAAAUAAAAGAGGAAAGUCUGUCUCCUUGCCAACACCGGGCAGUAGCUAGCAAUUAUGACAGGUUUCGGGAGCUCUCUAAAGGUGCACUAAAUUCAGAGCCUUUACCUCUAUCAUUAUCUCUUUCACCUUUGUCUCUCAACUCUCCAUAUACUGAAGGACUGACAGAGGCAGCCCGUCUCAGUAGCAGCUUUGAUUUUAAAGGGAGAGGUCAAGAAACAAAUGCACCAGAAAACACUGAAAGGCCAGAGAAGCUUAGGACAGGGGGCGUUAUUAGGACAGAGGGUAAAGACAGGAGUGAGGUUUGCUUGAGUCACAACUUAUUACAGAUAAAUAAAAGCCUCUCUAAACUUCAAGCCAUGAGCCAGCACCCACCAUCUGAAAAAAGCAUACCUGCUUACACAAGUGGAACUACCUCCUGUCAAGUUCAGUCCAAGCCCUUGUCCCCACCAACUUCACCAUUCACCACGGAAUGCACCUUUUCAAACUAUUCAGAGGACAUUUUAGACUUUCAGUGCUUGAAUCUUGAAGGCUAUGAUCAAACACAAGCACAAAAUGCAUUAACAGAUUACUGCCCUGGUGAACCACAUAACACCGGAUCCUUUAGUAGCCCUUUUUCUCAAAGUCCAGCAACCGAUGGAUGGAAUCCAGAAACCCCAUACCUCGGCUCCUCAAGCCCAGGGAGUAGCUUUAGUACUGCGGAAGAUCUGAGUUUUCCUGAUCUUGGCCUUGCACGAGAUGAAGCGCCUUCGUUAAACAGUGGACCCUACUUCUCCAAAGAAAAGACAUUCUGUCCACCAAUGAGUUCAGUACCAGUGAAAGAUUCUGAAAGAAGUCAGUUCUAUUCUGAUGUUAUGUUGUCAAAACGUAAUGUGAUUCUCCAGACCAAGGAAGAUUCUGCAACUCCACUCUGCUUAGCCGAUAAAACGUUAGGCAACCAAAGGGACCUGAUCAUGUUUGGUGCGUCCUCAAACACAAAGCAGACGGUACCACUCCCUCUCGCCCCACAGUCUCAGGAUAAGCUUCUUCUUGAUAGCUCAAGGAAUUUGUCAGCACAGUCAGACUUUGGCAAAAUCCAAACAAAGGACAAAACUAAUGGGCCCCACCACUUCCUUAGCUCUGCUAAUAAAUCGCAGCCGCUUUUUUUGGGCCAGUAUGUGCAAAACCUGUACAAUGCUGGAUCACAGGAUAACCCUGUUAAACCCUUCCACUCCCUUCAUACAGGAAGCAAAGCCUCAUGCUCAGAGUUGCCAGGUCCUCUCAACCUUGGCAGUGCGCUCCUCCGUGGCUAUGAAAAGAAGCCUGUGCUUUUCCAGAACCCUAACAGUUUCGUGAAAAUUGAAGGAGGACAUGGCCAAAAUAUUUGUAAAAGCUCCAGCAAAACUAUAAGUGCUAUGAAGACCACACCUGUUGGAAAGCCACAAAACCUUAGGGUUGACCACAAUCCCAAUGUUCCUGCUGCAUUUUUUUCUUCUAGUCCAAGUCCUCAAAGUCACAGCAUAGCCCACGGUAAAAAUAUGAGGCAGGAUAAGCCUCAUGCCGUGGUAGCCCCCAGCCAGAGCUCCCAACUCCCUCUUCCCCUCGACAGAAGUCAGCUGUGCUUCUCACACUGUGAUCCCUUAGACAUGAAUUUCAGCUCUUCACUCUCCCCUGCUGUUUCGCAGCAUGGCAGUCCACAGGUGGGUUACAGGGAUUCUGCCGCCCAGGAUGUCCCAGUGACCAAAGCUCAGCCAUCCUCAUUCGUGUGCAAUCAGUCGGCUCACCCAUCCUACGUCGUAAACUUCACUGGAGAUCACUCUGUUACCCUGAACUACAAUGACGACGGGGAGUGCUUGAAUUACUCUUCAUCAGUGCCCACGAAUUACACUUACCAUUGCCUCAUGGAGCCUUCCGGAACCCAGGGCCGGCUCAUUUUAGAACCGUGUGGCCCUUCGAACAUUUCACAUUCUCCUUCUGUAGCUAGCUUUGCAGGAUCUAAAGGUCUGGCAGAGCAGCCAAGCAAGGAUUCUCAGCAGCACGGGCAGCCUGGGUGCCAUUCAGUUAUUUCCCAUCACUUCCCGUCGUCUCACUCGCAAAGCACCUCUCUGACGGACCGCAAACCCAAAAGACUGAGGCUAGUGGUAACUGACGGUACAGUGGACCUGGAUCUGCAGUACACAGAUUAAAUGAAGACACUUUUAUGAUGAGUUUAGUUCCUAAACUGAUAUUUAUGAAUUAAUGGCAAUGCAAAUAUGUUCGUUUUCUCUCUCUUUAUAAUCUAAAAUAUAUAAAAGUACUUUUAAAUGCAUUGUGCUUAGCAUUUCUGAUAAGCUUUUUUUUUUUUUUGUAUUUCAUGUAAAAUAUUUAAAAUGAUUAUUUCAUUGACACCCGUAAUUGAUUGUGUAGUAGGUUUAUGUAACCCAUUGCAGUUCUCAUAAUAGUAGUUCAGAUCAGCCACAUGAUGGGGAUGUUAUUCUGUCUCGUGGAUCUCCUUUCGGCACUCCGUAUGCUCAUCUGUUUCAAUGAAGUGUUUGUUCACAAGGAUGUAGAGCUUACGCAUGUAUGGCAUGUCGAAUUGGGUCUGUUCAUGGACCAAGGUAGGAGAAACUUGUGUUUGUGUUUUUUUUUUUUUUUUUUUUUUUUUCCCCCCUUUUCCCUGUGCCAGCCCUACUGUGGCGAAUGAAAUUGAUACGUCAGUAAUGUACAAACGAGUGUGCAGCACGUAAAGAGUGAGUACACGAGUCAGCCUGUAUUCCAGGCUGGUUCUUGUGAAAGGGUAUCAGUCUGACACACAGGGCAAGUCCAUCGGCUGCAACCAGGGACUACAUGCGUAGUUAGAGGGCUGGGUUUUUUUAAGCAGCGCUUAGGCCUUGGCCUAAUCACUACUUUCACAUAUCGGGUUAAUCCAUUUUUUUUAAGGCUCAAAACACUUUUAACGUCCCAUUUUAAUGCUAUUUUUAACAUCUUCGAUGUGCGUUCCUCCUGCAUUGCACAAGUGGCUAGUCACAAAGUGUGAAGGUGUUCAGGAGCAGAUUUUUGAUUGUGCUUGGUUAAGUUGGAAUCAGUGUUUUUAUCAGCUAGCCAAACUAAUGAAAAACCUUUUUCGGCAGAGUUUUAAAGCACUGUACAAUUGAUUUGCCUGGCUGUAAGGUGAAUUAUGGCCUUAUUUUUGGUGUUCGCUGUGUAGCAUUUAGCUGUCUAACUAGAGCUAGCAGAGGAAAGUGACUGUCUUAUCAGCAGUUUUAUUCAACAUCUGGAAUAGUUUGCAAACCAAAGCCCAAAAAAUUGCGUGUUUUGAAAUUUUUUUUUUUGUUAGAAUUCCUAGAAGUUGUGUAAGGGGGGAAAAAAAGGCUAGCAUAUGGGUCGCCCUGCAAAGCCUGAACCAGUAAUUAAAAGGACUUUUUCUGUCUGUCACUAUUAGCUUUAUGUGCACAGGUACAAAAAGAAGGUCUGGCUUGUUGUUUAUCAGUAUCAUGCUGAAUUUGCAACUGAGACCUAAAGAUAUGAUUACAGUAAUAGACUAUAAAGGGUAAAGUUGAUGACCUUUGUAAUGAUAAGACGAUUUGCUUUAUGCCCUUUACCAAGUUUUGACCACAUUCACGUUCAUCUAUUUGGGGAAAGGGAGGAAAGGGAACGAAGCACAACCCAUGUAGCAAUAUUGGUCUGCAUGUUGCAUGCAAUUAUACAUUUCCAUCAGAGAGCUCUCCAAAUCACCAAAAGCAAAUACAGUAAUGAAACGGCCCUAGAGAUGGCGUCUGGGAUUCAGGGGGCAAGUGGAUGAGGAUGUUAAAACCAGCUUUGAAAUGGACAGUUAAAAGUAAAAAUCCUGUUACCUUGAAAUCGGAGUGGGUGUUGAACUUGACUCGAAAUGAACUAGCCUGGUUUGGAAUGUAUAUCUAGCUAACUGUGCCCUGCAAAAGGUUAUUUAGAUUAUUCUGAAAUUCAGAUGUGUUCAGUGAAGGUGAGCAAAUGCUUGCAGCAGUUUCUUAUGUGACAACACCCUGAGUCUAUGUGUCUGAAGAAGCCACCAACUCAUGAAGUUCUAAGCACAGAGGCUAUUUGUUAAAUUUUUAAUUUGCUUUUCUUUUUCUUUCCUUUCUUCCUGAAGUGAAUACUAAUUCCCUUUCGAACGCAUGCACAUAUUACUGUUCACUUGUUCAGUCCCUCACUAUGUGUUGGAGAGCACAUAUGACCAGGACGUUACAGCCUUUAGUCUUUGCAGUACUGUAGUUUUUCUACAGCAUUUAUGCUGGAUAUCUUUUAAUGUCUAACUCCUAUUCACAAUAGUAAUGGUACAUUUGACAUGGAGUGAUUUAAAAAAAUAUAUAUUUUUUUUGUUUUUUCUUUUUUAAUUAGAAGCGUUAUCCGAGUUUACAGCUCAUAUGGUCCUAAGGCGAGACAUCUGCAUGAGAGUUCUCAAACAGUGAUCUGGGAUCAGGCUGUUUUUAACCUUACUGUUAGCCUUAGGCUCUUAGGAUCAGGACAGAAACGUGCUGUAGCUCUAUAGGGUGCUGUGGCACAAAGCCUGACACUACUUUUCUACCUACAUUGCAUGUUGUAUAUGGCAUUUUAACUCCUAUAUGUUAGCGACUGGAAGGCAUAUUUGUGAGUUUAUCUCUAUUUUUUUUUUUUAUUCUAAAGUUGCAGAUUUCAGAGAGCAGUGGACAUUUAAACUGAUGUUUGUGGUGUCGUGUCCAGCAUUUCCUCAGUGUACAAAAAGGCCAAUAUGAUAUUUAUAUUUAUUUCAAUAUGCUCUAAAACAUGGUGCUUUAAUAUAACUUAAUGUUUUGAUUGUACUGUAUACACAAUGUAUUUUUUUUUUUUUUUUUUUACAUCUAGAACAUCAGUGAUUUAAAGAUGUAAUGUUCCUUUCUUGCCCUUUGUGUCUCCAAUGACCAUCCUCUUUUUAGAGUUUGUAAGUAACACAAUUAGUCUGUCUUAAUUACUGUUUCACUGUAAAGUUGUAACAAUGAAAAUGAUAUAAAUAAAAUUUAAACGUUUGGCAGAUAUUCUUUAAAAAUGCUCUAUUUAACCUCUGUGUUUUGGAAUUCUAUUUCUUAUGUUGUGUAAAAGGUAAAAGUGUCCAGUUUCAGAGAAAAGGGCCAUAAUGACUGCACUUUUGUGGGAGAUUAAACGUUUUGUGGGUUUUCAAGCAAGUUUGGGCUGAUUUUAAAGAAAUGGAUUAAAUUCAUUUAUAUGGUUUCCCCCUUUUCCCCAAAUAUAGUUGAUCCGUUUUUCGCAGAACCAUUCAUCAGUUUCAGAAGAACAAAGGCACUUAGACACACAUUUUUCACUGUUUGUGCAAUAUGAAAUGGUUAAGGUGUAAAAAGAGUCAU